UGGUUGUUCUUUUGAGUCCUUUUUUGAUCUUUUUCUUGGAAUAUGAUCUCUAGAUUUUACAUUGAACACUGGAGUGGCAGCCAUGAAAAACUUUGUAGUGAGCAAGUCAUUAAACUCCAGUGAAAUCCCUUGUGGUGUACAACUAGGUAAUGGAGCAUUGUUCAGGUCUUUCAACAUAUGCAUCUACCCGGUUUAUCUUCUGCUGAUAUUGUUUCAGGGCAGGGCCAAAUGGACAAUCAAGCGCAAAUCUAACUUGCACUUCUGUCUGAUUACUCUUGAACUACAAUUUGUUUUCUAAACUUUCUUUUUUGGCCAUCUAUUGUUGUUUAGAUUGGUACACAACUAUAACUUUAUUUUUUUUCUUUUUUAUUUUAUGUUGGAUGAUACAAGGUAAUUGAGUUCUUUUCUAUUCUUUACUCAUCUGGCUAGAUAUGUUGUUUGUCUCCACCUGCUUUUAUAUUUACUAAAUGAAAAUUUUAAUU